AUGACCCUCCCAUCGCCCCCCUUCGUGGACAUCCCGGGCCUCAGAAACUUCAGGGAUCUUGGUGGCUAUCCGGUAGCCGGCGAGCCGGGCAAAGUGGUCAAACGCAACCUUGUCUUCCGCGCAUCUGAGCCCUCCAAGAUCACCGACGAAGGCAUAUCCAAGCUAAAUGCCCUGGGUAUCACUCAUGUCUACGACUUGAGAUCCGAGGUGGAGAUUCAGCGGGAUGCCGAUGCAGCAGGUCGUCGGGUCAAAGAGUGGGAGGGGGCGAAGCGAGUGUUCGUCCCAGUAUUCAGAGACCAUGACUACAGCCCCGAGGCCAUCGCGCAGCGUUACAGUGGCUAUUCCAGCAAGGGACCCGAGGGCUUCGUCCGCAUCUACCAGGACAUUCUGGCUGCUGCUUCGGCCGAAGACCACCCUCACGCCCCGUUCACCACCAUCCUGGAGCACCUGGCCAGCAGCGAUGCUCCCACUCCGCUGCUGGUGCACUGCACGGCUGGGAAGGACAGAACAGGCGUCAUUUGCGCCCUGAUUCUGAGUCUGUGCGGCGUGGAGGAUGACGCUGUUGCCCAUGAGUACAGUCUCACAGAACUGGGCCUGCAGGAGCGCAAGGAGGAGUUCAUCAACAUGCUCAUCCAAGGCGAUGCCCUCAGGGCCGACCGCGACGGUGCAGAGCGCAUGGUCAGCUCGAAGAAGGAGAGCAUGCUCGGAACGCUGGCUAUGAUCCGCGAGAAGUACGGCUCCGUCGAGAAGCUCAUCAUUGACCAAUUCCGUAUCUCGCCCGAAGCCAUUGCGCAGAUUCGUCGCAAUCUGGUCGUCGACCUGCAGGAUGGCGAGCAGCCGUUGGACUGGCAGAGCCAUGCAGAGUUGAUUCCUUAA